AAAAAAAAAAAAAAAUCAUCUUCCUCUUCUCCUCCUGCUCAUCUUCAUUUCCAUUCUCUCUCUCUCUCUCUCUAAAAGCAAGCAAGCAAGCAAGAAAGUGAAGGAGGAAGAAGAAGGAGAGAUGGAAACGUAUCCGCCGUACCCGUCGUAUCCGGACUCCGGCAACUCCUCGCCGCGAUCCCGCGAGAUCGACUUCGACGCCGCCCCCUGGGACGACCAGCAGCCCAACAGCGGCGGCGGCGGCGGCGGCGGCGGCGGCGGGGGGAGCUACAAGGUCAAGUUCAUGUGCAGCUACGGCGGGAAGAUCCACCCGCGGCCUCACGACAACCAGCUGUCGUACAUCGGCGGCGAGACCAAGAUCCUGUCCGUGGACCGCCACAUCAAGCUCUCCUCCUUCCUCUCCAAGCUCUCCUCCCUCUGCGACCUCCCCGACGGGGUGUCCUUCAAGUACCAGCUCCCCGGCGAGGACCUCGACGCCCUCAUCUCCGUCACCACCGACGACGACCUCGAGCACAUGAUGCACGAGUACGACCGCCUCUACCGCGCCUGCUCCCGCCCCGCCCGCAUGCGCCUCUUCCUCUUCCCCGUCCACCCACAGCCCCCACCAGCCGCCCCCGCCGCCGCCGCCGACCCCAAGUCCGAUCGGGAGCGCUUCGUCGAGGCCCUCAACUCCGGCCCUGCCGUCCAGGAGCCCGCCAAGCCCCCGCCCAGUAAUGUCGAUUUCCUCUUCGGGCUGGACAAAGGGGUGGUCGCCGGCGCCCCGCCGGCCGUGGCGGCGGCCGUGCCGGACCCGGUGGUGGCGGCCGUCCAGGAGGGUCGCGUCGGGAUUCCCCGCGAUGAGCGGGUCGUGGCGCCGGAUCACGGGGUGAACCCGCUCGAGAUACAGCGCCAGUUGCAGGAGCUGCAGCGGAUGCAGAUCAGCUGCGGCGGAGGCCAGGCGCAAGAUGCCGCCAUGUACCGAAGGAAGAGCGACGAAAACGUCGGGAAUGCCGGUGGUUAUGGAGCUGAUAAUUACUACUUGCAAAAGCUGGCGCAGGAGAAAACGCAGCAGAUGGCGAUUCCGGCAGCUGUGCCGCAUGCUGCGACGGCUCCUCCAGGGUAUUGGCAGCAGGAGAAGCAGCCGUCGGGUGGUUUCACAGCGGCUGUGACGGGUCCGCCUGAGCAGCCGAUGUACAUGAUCCCUGGUCCUGCUCCGGGAACCAUAUACCACGCGCCACCGCAGAUGAUGCGGCAGAUGGCGGCGGGUCAAGGUUACUACACCCUCCCGCAAAGGGUUUCUCCCGACGUCUACCGGGACCAGCCCGUGUACAACGUCGUCCAUCCGCCAUCCCAAGCGCCGCCGCUGUCGGCAGCAGCCCCGCCUUCUCUGCCGCCACAGACCCAGUUGCACAGGGUCGCCGCGGCCAGCUCGGAAGGGCUUGGCGUUGGAGCCAUGAGGCACGGCGGCGGCGGUGGCGGGGCGGACACCGUGGCCUAUGCGCAGUUGCCUUACGACAGCGGUGUCGGGAGACAGGUGUUCUACACGGCGGCCGGAGGGAUGGUGGUGCCGCCCCCGCCGCAAUAUCAGGGGAUGGCAGCGGUGAGCGCCUCCGACAUGAGGCAGGGUGGUGGUGCCGUAUUGAAUCAGGAGGGUAAGGUGAUUGGUACGAAAGUUUCACAAGGUUCACUGUGAUUCUCAAGAGGAAAGGUAUAAUGGAUCAUGUCAUAUGGUAUGUAAUCAAGAACCGUUGUAAGUUAUGCAUAGUAGUAAGAGUUACUGAUGUCUUCUUGAUAUUUAUGGUAUAUUUCCUGGGUUUUUGUACGCACUGGUGCAGAGAUCGGAAUGAGCUCUUUUACUCUGUUGAUAAUAGUCUCUAAUAAUCUCUCUAUUUUUGCUG